AUGCCGCCAGCGAAAGUACCAAGCCAUGCUAAGAGACCUGAAGUGGGCUCGCAGCCAUUGUCGAGCAUGUGGACGCAAAUGUUCCCACCAAAGCCGACGUAUACGGAGGACCAUGUGCCCGAUCUUAGUGCAAAGGUAUAUAUCGUCACCGGCGCCAGUUCAGGCGUAGGGAAAGAGACUGCGAGAAUACUGUAUACGAAAAAUGCCAAGGUGUACAUGGCAGUGCGGGCUGGGACGAAGGCAUCCACAGCCAUGGCAGAUAUUCGGGCAGCGGCGCCCAAGUCUUCGGGAACUCUUGCUAUUCUACCGCUGGAUCUGGCAGACCUGAAUGCGGUGAAGAAGGCAGCAGAAGAAUUUGUCUCGCAGGAAAGCAGCCUCCACGGGCUCAUCAACAAUGCGGGUGUGCAGGCCCUCGAGGACACUAAUGGCGAAGCCCGCACAGCGCAGGGUCACGAAGUGCACAUGGGAGUCAAUGUGCUGGCGCCGUUCCUAUUUACCUGCUUACUCAGAGGGGUGCUAGCAGAGACAGCGCGCUGGGAACGGCCUGGUACCGUGCGCAUCUUGUGGGUGUCUUCAAUGGGCACCGAGACGAUCGGAGAAAAGGGACGUGGGCUUUCCGCUGACUACGUUGACUACUGGCCACUCAUGUCGCCGCUCGAACGGUAUGGGUUGAGCAAGGCUGGUAAUUGGCUGCACGGAGUCGAAUGUGCCAAGCGGUACGCAGACGACGGCGUUUUGAGUUUUCCCAUCAACCCGGGACACUUGAGGUCAGAUCUCUAUCGGGAAGGCGGAACACUACUCAAAUUGGCAUUGCGGCCUGUGCUGUUCCCGCCUACGUAUGGAGCUUACGUCGAGCUGUUCGCCGCCUUAUCGCCUUCGUUAACCACAAAAGAUUCUGGAGCUUGGAUUGUUCCAUGGGGUAGGCUGUAUCCUAUCCGUAGCGAUUUGAUUGAUGCGACCAAAAGUGAAGCUGAGGGAGGCAAUGGUCAUGCAAAGGCGUUUUGGGAUUGGAGCGAGGAGCAGGUCAAGGAGUUCUUUUAG